AUGACUGAAGCGGAUCUAACAUCGUUCUUAUUAAAAGAUAUUGAAUCUCUUUAUGGGAACAAUGAAGAUUGUAAUGUAACGAUUAAAGUUAAGCAAGAUAGUUUUAAAGCACAUUCAGUAAUUUUAAAAGCCAGGUCAGAAUAUUUUCGAAAAUCUAUUAACGAAUGUUUGCAAAAGCGAAUUAGCUUAUUUAACAGAGGAGGUGAUAUUAUCAAUUUGGAAAUCACAAAUAUGUCUCCAAGAGCUUUCAGAAUAUGUCUAAAGUACAUGUAUACGGGAAAGUUUUCCUUGGAUGAUUAUGAUAAUGAAUUCAUUUUUAAUUUAGCCAUCGCAGCUGAUGCGUUAAGCCUUCUCAAUAUGGUAAAUUACCUUCAAACGUUUCUUAUUGAAGAACAACUCAAUUGGAUUAAACAAAAUUUGGUUUAUGUGCAUCAAACUUGUUUAAUUCAUGACAAUUUUGCAGAGUUACAAGUUAGUUGUUGGGACCUUAUCAAUCAAGAUCCUGCAUUAUUAUUUCAAUCAAAACAUUUUCAUAGAUUAGAUAAGGACAUUUUAUUAGAUUUAAUUAAACGUGACGAUAUCAGCUUACCAGAGGUCGAAAUAUGGCAUAGUAUAGUCAAUUGGGGGAUGGAACAAUUACCUAGCAUAAUAGAACAAGAUAAAAGUAAAUGGAAAGAAUCAGAUUUUAAUACAUUAAAAGAUCGCUUAAAGGAUUUUAUUCCGCAUAUUAGAUUUUUCACCAUACCUUCGGAUGAAUAUUAUAAUAGAGUUCGUCCAUUAAAAAAGUUAUUAUUACAAUCGACAGUUGAUCAGUUAGAAGAGUUUUAUUUGGUGAGAAAUCUUGCUCCACCAAUUAACGAAAAACCUCGUAAGUGGAGAAGGAAUCCUGCACCUUUGAGAAGAUAUGCUUCAAUUUUUAAACCAAAAUUUCAUCAAAAUCAUAGGGAUAAGGGAGAACCAGCUUCCGAAUUUAAACCUGAAGCAGUUGACGAAGUUUCCACAAAACCGUUAGUUCCAAAUAAAUCCCCUCCACCAUUACCAGUAUUUCGUCUUCCCGAUUUUAAAUUUAAUUCCAAAUUAAUCGAUAAUACGCAAAUCAAACGUAUAUUAAGUUGGAUUGACGGAGAAUAUCAAGCAGGUAUUGAAAAUUUAAAUCCAAAUAAUAAUUUCACCUUAUUGGCAAGAGGAAGUAGAGAUGGCAUUAAUCCAGAAGCCUUUACCUCACGAUGUAAAGAUAAAGGACCAACGGAAGGGAUCGAUGAUAUCAUUUAUAGUGAGAUUAAAGAUUCGAAUGCCGCUAUUUUUGAUGGUGAUGGUUAUUAUGGUAUCGGAUUUGGUUCCGAUUUACAUAUAUUUAGUGGAAAAUAUGUACAUAAACAUUAUAAAAAAAGAAUUAUAAAUGAGGGAGAUUUCGCUAUAUUAGAUUAUGAAGCUUUCCAAUUUAAAAAAAAAAAUAUUCAAGUAAAUAAUGUUUUCGUUGCAUAA